CCUUGCUUGCUGAACUCUGAUGGCGAACAACGCACUGCUGCAGGCGUACCUCGGCGCGCUCCAACGACGCCCGAUGCUCACCAAAGCCGUGUCUGCAAGUGUCAUUGCCUCACUCGGCAACGUUCUCUCGCAGCGCAUCCGGAACACUCCUCGCGUGGACUAUCGCUCCAUCGCAUCCUAUGCGAUCUUUGGACUCUGCUUUAACGGACCAAUCACUCACAAGUUUUACGAAAUCUUGGAGCGCUUCUCCACUCCCGGCAAGCCACCGUCGCGAUCGCGUCAGUUCAUCAAGCUGCUCGGCGAGCGAUUCAUUUUCGCACCGCUCUUCACUCUCUUGUUCUUUAUCGUGGUGUCAUUGCUUGAGGGCAAGACGUGGGAGGAAACCAUGCACAAGGUGCGCACCCUCUACCCUGGUGCUGUCAAGAUGAACUUGAUUGUCUGGACACCCGCCCAGUUCAUCAACCUGAACUACAUCCCGCUCCAGUACCGCGUUCUCUUUGCCAACGCUGUUGCCUUCCUGUGGACGAUCUAUCUUUCCAAGCGCAUGGCACCCAAGCACUAAGCUACAGUACAGAAAAAGGCGCUUCAAUCAAUCUCGCUUGUGUUUUCAAGUUUUCGUCCGAUCGUCAAAAUACACCAAGCUUCUCCACCCCUUCUCAACGAGCAAACCUCGAC